AUGCAAAACCACUCUUCGAAAUUCGUAUGGACUAAAGUGUAAAUUAAUUUUCGAGUAUCUUUCUGUCGUAUCGUUCAGUUUGCACUGAUAUAAGCCUGAUUUUAUCUGAGAAUUUCGAAUUUUUAUUUUACCUACCAGCUUUUAAUGUUGAACUGCGAAAAAUGGCAUUUUUACUUUGAUUUCUGUCGUAAAUCGUAUUGUAACGCGGCACUAACUUUGUCGUUGUGCUGAUACAUCAGUUUCAUCCCGUAUUUUGUUGAUUUUUUGCUUUUUUUGUAAUUUUUUUGCAAAUUUUGAAAAUCUUCGCUUUUCGUCGAAUUUAUGCAAAUUUAAUUUUCUGACACGUUUUAUUUUGCUGUUUCUAAUUUUCACACAUGUUUUGCAGGGUGUCUCAGUCAUCAAGAAGACACUUCUCGCUCCUUUCAUAUUUCCGGGGGUUAUUUUCAAAAGAAGAAUCGGCAACACCACCAGUGGAGGUAAAAUCAAGUAAAGUCGAAGAAGUUCAAGUCCGAGAAGAAAGUAUGAAUGCUUCUAAAGCCCUUGGAGCAAUUGCUAAGGUAAGGAUUUUUAUUUUUGUUCCAUUUUUAGGUCUGGAAAAGCUAAAACCAAUUCUUUUGAUUAUUGGUAUUGGCAUUGAAGUUUUAUGGGAAUUUUCGUGUUAUGAGACAAUUUUGUUGUCGGAGAGACUAUGUAAAUGAUGGACCAGCUUAUAGGGAUUAUUAGAAAGCUAGAUUCUAGGUUCUUAAUAAAUCAGGAUCACAUUUUAUUUCGUCUUCUACCUUAUUUUAGGCAUCUUGCUGAACAUAAUUCUCAAAAAUAAUUUUUUUUGGUAUAAAUGAACCAAGUGUGGUAUUUAAAAGAAAGUUAAUGUUAUAUUCUUUAAUUUUCAAUCCAAAAAAACGUCUUUUCAUUUAAAAAAAUGACUCAAACCAUCUGUUCUUCAUGAUUAAUAUCCAUGUUUUUCCAGCUCUCUUCUGCCCCUCGAGUCCCUUCGAUCCACUUUUUGCAUAACUCCCGGCCGCAGGUCCCCAAAUAUGAUCCCAACAGAAAGCCUCAAGCUCGCUCCGCAACGGGUAGAAUCAUCAUCGACGAGUUGGAGUUGCCCUUGAGGCUGAGAAGAAGGCCGUUGAGCCCUGAAGAGAUCGACUGCAUUAACGUAAGAGACAAAAUACGAUGAAAUAGACCUAAUGUGUCUAGACAGAGUGAUGGAAGACCAACCGAAAGCGUCGGUUUUGGCCAUUUCCCGCAAUGUUUCCCAUUUAUAGCUGUUUUUCCGGAAAAUUACAUAUUUCGAAGCGAAAAGUUGCCAAUAGCAACCGAAAAUAGUAAUAAACUUGACCGAAUUUCCCUCCACGUUGGGGCCGACUGCAUUUCCGAGCAAAGAUCUCUCACUUUUUCGUCAAUUUCGGAGAAAAUUACAGCCCAUGAAAACAUUUGUCGACUUUUUGAAAUUUUGUUUUUUAUUGAAACGCCUUUUGCACGGUGCAUUAGGCUAGAGUCGGAAAUGAUUUUCGAUGUAAUUUGGCGUGUUUUGAAACGUGGUUCAUAAUUUUUGCUUUUCAGACCGGCGGCCUACGACCCAGCGAGAUCUGA